AUGGAGCUCGGUAUUGACUAUGUGUCAUCCGUUGGAGGGGACAAGGGGCGCACCGCAAUUCGGGUUCCCAGUGGACCUGCUUCCAGGGGCUGUCUUAGACCCAUCUCGGGGCAAAACGGCACGGAUAGAUUUUUCAAACAAAUUCAACGCCUGAAGAAUGCAAAUUCUAGAAUCCGAUCGAGUAUUCCCUCAGUGGGAGGUCUGGAGGGAUCCUUAUCUUACGUUGGGGUCACUACAUUCCAGAAGGAUCAGAGUUGGUUCGACUAG